UCAGCAUGCCAGCCGGCUCAAAAAUCGACAUCGACAAUCCUCCCUUCCCCUCGUUUCCAAAGGAUCUGAGUUAAUAAUUCCUUCAGAUUUUAUCCAAACUCAUCAUGAGCAGUUUCACAGCUAACACCCCAACUCUCCUCCAUGCCCAGAAGAACAUCACCAAUAAACCUCGGAAUCAUCAACCCAAACGCUCAGCUCCAAUAAUCAAAGCAUCAAUUUCACCCCUAGAAAGUGUGACCAACAGAAGGAAAAUCGUAACUUUUUUAUCCACUUCACUAGCACUAGGCCAGCUACAUGGCACCACAACCACCGCGCCACCAGCAGCACUAGCUGAGAAAUGGGGCACACGUUCAUUACUAUGGGAACAUUUUUUUCAGCCUGACUUAUCACCGGAAGAUGCAGUUGCAAGAAUUACCCAAACUGCCGAGGGCCUCCAUAGCAUAAGAGACAUGCUAGAGAGCAUGGCCUGGAGGUAUGUCAUGUUUUACAUCAGGCAAAAACAAGCAUAUCUUUCCAAGGAUCUGAAAAAUGCUUUCUCUACGUUGCCUUCGAGUCGCCGGGAAGAUUAUGUUAAAAAGGCUAACGAGUUGGUUGAUAAUAUGGACGAGUUUGAUUCUUAUGUUCGGACGCCGAGAGUAUAUGAAUCGUACCUGUACUACGAGAAGACAUUGAAAUCAAUAGACGAUAUUGUGGCAAUUUUAGGAGAGAACUAGUCCAGUGUUGUUACAUGAGCAUUUAUCAACAAUCUUGAAUUUCUGCUCUUGCGAUAUAUUUUCUUA